AUGGGAAAAAUUACGAGAAAAAACACAAAACUAUGUGGUUUUACAACACGUCGAAUACGUCAAAUUGUACAACAACGGACACUAGAGGAUCAACAACUUUUUCAAAAUCAUGUUACUUCGGUAGUUGCGGAAGAAAAAAAAGAUACAGGAGUAUCAGAAAUAUCACCUAUUUCAUCUAACGACAGUUCAUCUAAUUUUAGCGUUGACGCACCAUCAUCAAAUGUAGAUGACUUAAACAUCGGCAUUAAUUCCUCUUCACAAUCAAUCAUACACAUUAAAGACAAUUCAAGCACAUCAUAUCUUGAAAAGAAGACAUUCGAAGUGGAAGCCAAUUUCAUUGAUGAUUUCAUUUUAAAUGAGAAUUCUUCUGAUAGUUCCGACACCGAAUCUGAAACAACUUGUAACGAAGAUGCAAGAAAAUUAAAUAGUAACCUAGAAGAAGAUGACCUUUCUGAUGAUGACCUAUAUGCAGAUCACCCGGACGAAGAUGGCACUGAAGUUCUUGACUCUUCAAAUAGUGAUGUAGAUAGUAUACAGAAUACUCCAUUUGCAAUGAAGCUACGUGACUGGGCUCUUCGAUUCCAUAUAACUUUAAUUGCGCUGUCUGCGUUAUAACUAUUGCUCAGACUUUUUGAUAACACAUUACCUCUUGAUGCACGAACCCUAUUAAGCACGCCAAAAAAAAUAGAAACUGUUGAGAUGUGUGGUGGAUUAAUAAGAGCCGUAGAAAAUAUAAUUUGUGAAAGAAGACGUAAUAGUAAUCCAGAUGAAAACAUUAAAUUGUUAAUAAAUGUGGAUGGUCUGCCUAUUUCGAAAAGCGGAACUAACAGUCUGUUGUUGAUUUUGGGUUCUGAUACAAAGUCUGAGACUGUUUAUCCUAUUGGCGCUUUUUAUGGAUUAAAAAAGCCCGUUGAUGCAAAUUACUUUCUACAUGAAUUUGUUGAGGAAGCAAUAAUUAUUUGUCAGAAUGGAGUAAAAAAUAAAUCCGUUACAUUAGAAGCUGUCAUUUGUGAUGCAAAAAAGCUUAUUAAUCUAUGGCUAAACGGACCUUCAAAUGUGAAACUUCCCUCUGAUGUGGUUCAGAAGAUAUCAGAUCGAUUAAUAUUAUUGCGGAAUUCAGUCCCUGAUGAAUUUAAUCGAAGACCAAGAACACUCUGGGAAUUUAAAUUCUGGAAGGCGACAGAAUUCCGCACAUUCCUGUUAUAUGCGGGAAUUAUCGUUCUCAAAAAUCUUCCAGGAUUCCCACCUAAGUUCUAUUGUCAUUUUUUAUUACUGCAUACAGCAGUUUCGAUCCUAGUAAGUGAGAGGCAUAUUUAUAACCCCAGCAACAUCGAAGUAGCUCAUGAAAUGUUAGAACUUUUCGUAAAGGACUUUGAACAACUUUAUGGAAAAGAACACAUUUCGUAUAACGUGCAUAAUCUUUUACAUAUAUGUGAAGACGUAAAGCGAUUUGGGACAUUAGGGAAUUUCAGCGCCUUCCGAUUCGAAAACUAUAUGUCUUCUGUGAAGAGAAUGUUGAGAAAAGGUGAUAAGCCGUUGCAGCAAAUAGCUAAACGAUACGCAGAAGUUGAAAAAAGCAAAAAAAACUGCUGUUCAAUUAAUAAAGUGACAUUACAACAACCUCAUCACAUGGGACCAUUAACAGAAAAGUAUUCAUCAAAUAUUCGUGAGCAGUAUAAAAUUUUGAAAAGUAAAGGGUUAUUUAUAAACUGCGAUGUCGUUAAAAAUAGUUGUGUUCUGCUCGAGGAUAGAACGUUCCUUAUCACUGAGAAUAUUAUCAAACGUGAUACAGAAGAUAUUUGGUUGGUAGGAUACAAGCUUCCUUUCAAAAACAAUUUAUACAGUUUUCCUGAUUCGAGUCUCAUAGACAUUUACAUUGCAAAUGCUGGUAAUAAUAAUCAAAGAUUUUGCGUACUACUGAAAAAUGUUUUAUCUAAAGUGUGGAGAAUUCCAACUUCGGAAGGAGAAGUGCUUAUACCAUUAUUGCAUUCAAGGGAAGAAAUAUAAAUAAUCUGUUCAAGAAAAUUUCUUUAUUGAGUAAUCUCCAUGGAUUUAUUAGACUAUUUAAUUCAAUGAUCAAGAUACAUCGAAAUAUGGCAGCUGAAUUAACAAGUUAACAAUGAAACAAUGAAACCAAUGGAAGUAAAGUACAUUAGUACUGUUAGGCUGCUAACAAUUAUCAAUGAAAACAACACUAUGGACCCAAAUUAAGAGAAAUUAUGAAACUUUUCUCCAAAAUUCUUGAGAGGGUAGUGCUGGAAUAACUUACUUGAAAAUUGACAGCUACAGAUAUAACUUGACAAGAGAGUGGACAUCGAGGCGUGUUUCAAUUUGUUUUGGUGAUUGCAGUUACAAUUAAAUUAUCUCAUAAUAUAUAUCUAAAUCAUAUUAUUAUGAUGGAUAAUGAAGUAAGAAUCAUGAAAGGACGAGUCAAUGCGAUUUAUUCAUGUUUAAAUUGAAGUACCAAUCAUUUUAGUUGAUUUACUUUGAAUAUUCGAUGGUAGUUUAUUUAUUUUGUGUCAACUUCUCAUAUCUAUCUAUAUUCAAAUUUACUUUUCCAGUAAUAUUUUACAACAUGAAUGAUCGGAAUCUUAUUUUAAGACACUUCCUUCUUUGUAUUCUACAUCACAAGCUGAUAUGUAAACUU